AGCUAAGCUAAGGGGCUGACUGGCCCAGAUAAGGCUAGUUGGCAACCCAUAGUAAAGAUAUAGGUUGCGGAUCAUUUAACGGAGCUGACGAUCCUUCAAAAUUUGAAGGUUAACUGGAACAACGAAUAGAUCGACGAUGAGUUCAAGAAGGAAGAGGAUAAUAUUAACUCUAAGAGAAAGGUGUUUGAUAAGAGCCAAAAUAAAAUGAUAGAAAUUGAUGCUACACAGAAUAACAGAGAGUUUGACUUCUUUGAAGGUGCUGAUGCUGGAGCUGGAGAACAAUUCAUGGCUAUCAGAUCUUACGAGGGAGCUAUCGAAGAUCCAGAUGUGCACAAUAAUGUUAACCAUGAUGCUCCAGAUGUUGAAUAUGAGCUUGAAUAAGUCUAUGGAUACAGAGCUGAAGACAUCAGAAUGAACUGCUUCUAUAAAGCUGAUAAAAUACUGUGUGAUUCUUGAUCAAGGAUCCAACAAGCAGAAAUUCUUCGGAAGUGGUCAAGUAGACAAUACUUCCAAGAAGGUUGCUAGAGAUGACUUUGGACAUACAAAUGAUAUCACUUCCAUGGAUGUCUCAAGUUGAAGAAAGCUUGCCACCACCAAACAGAACGGGUCUAAAUCAGUUGUUUUAGUCUGGGACUCCUCCAGUGGAGAAAAGAAAGCUAGGUUCAAGCUUAAGAAGGGAGGAAGAGAGAUCACAGCCAUUGCUAUCUGUCCACAAGGAAAAAUGGUGGCCAUGACUUACAACAGCAAUGACCACAACUUGUCUGUUUAUGACAUUGCUACUGAGAAGAAGGUUGCUGGUGAUAAGACCGGCCCAAACUUUAUCUAUCAUAUUUCUUGGUUCAAGAAAGAAGGUGAGGCAGUGAUUGCUAUUGCAGAUUGCAAGCAUAUUGCUCACUGGGAUCUUGACAACAAAUUCAAAAAGAAGAAGGGAGUCCACGGUAGUGCUGGUUUCUGCUACACUGGAGGUGCCAACUCCAGGAUCUACCACUGGAAGUUCAAAUCAUGCUUCCAACUCCAGAAGACUUAUGAUGUCCACGGUAAAGGUUUCUGCUGCUCCAUUAGAUGGUGUGAUGGAAAAAAUAUUUCAGGAGCUAAAGAUGGAAACGUUGUCAUCUCAAAUCUAGAAACAGGAGAAGCUAAGAGAACAAUUGAUGUAGGAUGCUUGAUGAGAUCUGUGUACAUGGAUGGAUCAAACAUCAUUGCUGGGCUUAGAAAAGGAAACAUCAUCGAAAUUAACUCUGGAGGUAAAAUCACUGAGAUCAUGAACUCUCAUAGUGAUGGUGAAGCUUGGGGACUUGAUAUUGAUUCUUCAGGUACCAUAGUAACAUCAGGAGAUGACAAUCAUCUCUACUCUUGGAGCAUCAAAGACAGAAAGAGCACUAGCCAUGGCGAAAUUUAUGAUGAAUAUGAUGGACCUAAGAAGAAUGGAGCUAGCUCAUUGACUUCAUACGCUGUAAGCAAGUGCACCAGAGCUGUUGCCAUCAACUCUACAGGAAACGGAGAUUUUGAGAUGUUUAGAUAUUGUAUGUAAACAAGUCUGUAUUAAUCAUGUUUAAGUGUCCGGUGUUGUCUAGACAAAUCUCGAUACAAUGAAUGAAUCUCCAUAGCAAUGAUGGAACUCAAUAUAAUUUUACUGGCUUCUGUUAGUCAUUUUUGUAUCUUAAAACAUCUAAAUAAUCUUCAUGGUCUCAUAUUCAUCAUUGAGAAAUUCUAAUUGUGCAUAAAAACUGAUGCCCGACUCACAAUGAUAAGACUAUUUCUAGCUUAUUUAUUGAGUUCAGAAAGUUUGAGAACACCCAACUAUGAAGACACUUUUUGGGUACCUAAUUCAACCAAGAUCUCUAUCUCAAAAUGAUUUUCAGUUUUACUUUAGAUUGGAGAUAAAAAUAUGAAGAGCUUUAGAUUCAUUAAUAAUUGUUGUAAAAGUAGACAAGUUGCUGUAAGUCAAAAUGAUGGCAGAGUCAUCAUCUGAGACAAAGCUGGUGUUUUAUAGACCAUCCGCUACAGACUUUACGACAGUGAUGAGUGGAUUUAGGCUGUCGCUUACUCUCCAUGCUAAUGAAAGUUGGUUGUGGGAUUACAUGACGACAAAAUCUAUGUGUACAAUGAGAAUGACCUCAGGCUGAUUGGAAAAGGAAUUUCCCAUAACUCGUUCAUUGUUUUAGUUGACUGGAGUGAAGAUCCAUCAUACAUUCGUUCUGUAUGCGGAGCUCAUGAACUUCUCUUCUUUAAAGUCUCUGAUGACAGUGUCGAAUAAGACCAAAGUGGAGCCUCUAACACUAAAGGAAUUAAAUGGCACACAAGUCAUGCUAAAUACAGUUGGCUCGUAACUGAAAUUGUCCCAGCUGGAACUGAUGAUACUCACAUCAAUGAUGUUGAUUUCUCCCACUGUGGUGGAUUGAUUGUCACUGGUGAUGAUUAUGGAUUAGUAAACGUGUAGAAAAAUCCAGCACGUAAGGGAGCUAAGCCUAUCUCUCUAAGAGGUCACUCUGAGCAUGUUGUCAGAACAAGAUUCACCCAUGAUGAUUCCCACAUCAUUUUCAUUGGUGGUUACGACAAAACUAUUAUGCAGUGGAAGAAGAAAUAAGAUUUCAUGAUGAUAAUAAUAGUUCA